AUGGCUCUGUCGCAACGGUUUCUCAAUCUGGUCGUGGACAGCCAAGUCCGUGGCGUCAGGACGUUGCGCUGCAUCGACCUAACGCGCCAUCAGUUCUUCAACCCAGGACCGCCGCCGCCGCUAUACGGAAACGGAUCGGCCAGUGAGGCGGCGUCGGAGUCAACUAUGGAGAGGAUUCGGCUCCCACGCCCGAUCGUCACGUUCCGAGCUUCAGCUCACGACGGCCAUUGGGCGAUCCAGUGCUUCCCGCUCGGGGAACACAAGGUGCUCUGUGCGGACCAGUCUGGGCGCACCUUCCUCUUCGACGCCAACACACGACACGUGGUGACCAUGCCCAGCCUCCACAAACCCAAACACACGCCCUUCUUCAUCUUCAUCCCCAGCGCCAGAAAUAAUCUCCAUUCGGAUUCCAACUCGGACUCUGACAGUGACAUUGACGACUAUGAUGAUGAUGUUGGCACCCUCUUUGUCAUGGAGGGCAGUCCCAGUAUGGGGCCGACCUCCGAUGACCAGAGCUCCGACGACCAGCCAAGUGAUCAGUUCGAGGCAUACGUAUGCGGUCAGCGUAAGCCGUCAUACUUCAAGUCCUGGAAGUGCCAACCGUUGCCGCUACCGCCGUACGUCCGUGACCCCACGUGGAUGAAGUUCCGGCCACAGAUCACCUCCUACGCGGUGGUCAGCGGCGGCGCCCAAAUCUUGAUAUCAGCGGAGAGCGCCAGCACCUACUGCAUGGACACGGCGACACACGCAUGGAGCCAUGUCGGGAGGUGGAUGCUGCCCUUGUACGGCAAGAUCGAAUAUGUGCCGGAGCUCGAUCUCUGGUUUGGCUUCUCUGCCAAGGAUCAGUUGUCUGCUGUAGACAUCUCCAACCUGGAUUCCCGGCCGCGGCUAGUGGGCACUUGGAAGGAAUUUGAGCCACCGGAGGACUGGCAGGAAUUGCAGAAGCCGCAGUUUGUCAGCCUAGGCUCGGGCAAGUUCUGCAUUGCAAGGUUCUUCCAUACUACGGUAACUGUUGGCAAUGGCUACUACACUGGCGAUGAAGUUACUAACCGGUCAUUUGGUGUCUUAACCGGUGUGGAGGUGUUGCCACGCGUCUAUGAGCGCAAUGGGAAUGGCAGUGACAAUGGCACCAAUGGGAAUGGCAAUGCAAGCAGCAAUGGCAAUUCAACCAGCAUUUGCAACGGUGGCAAUGGCCAUGGCAAUGGCAAUGGCAACGGUGGCAAAAGGAAACUCUGGAUGGUCAAGCAUAAGUCGAGAUGUCCCAUAUCUGCCAACGGUACUGUCAUCGAGUCAGUGUUCUGA